AUGGCAAACGAGGAAACCGAUGAGCACAAGGAGGCAGGAGAAAGGAGCAAGCAAGCUGGGAGGAGGCUAAAGAUAUUGGAGAAGAAGGCUAUGGAUUUGGGGGUUCUGGAAUAGGGUGAGAAGUUUAAGGUGUUCGCAGGCAAAGAAGACUGGGCUGGCUUUGAUGCACACCUGUCAGAGGGCAGCAUGGAUGUCAACAAUGCUGAAGAUGAUUUCUCCAAUUGGUUAAGAGCGGAGUUAGAAAAACAGGGAUACAAGGUGGAGGCAUCCUAG